AUGAAGCGGCCGAGGCGCAGUUCCCCGCGAUUUUCCAACGAUUUCGAGCUCCCAAAAUCGCCGAAAUGCAAGAAGCGCAAGAGCAGCCUGGAUCUCUUCGAAUCGUCGCUGGAUGCUAGCGCUUUGAGCGAAGUGCCGGAUCGCAGACGCUCGAUUCAGGUGGCAAAACACCGCAAUUCCUUCGAUCUCUAUGAUGAUAGCCCGGGAAGUCGGCCAAUUGCUUCGCGACUGCGCUCGAUGGAAAGUCAACUACCACUGCGAAACCCAGCGCCGGCCUUUUACGAUUCGUUCGACGACAGUUUCGUCAGUCCCAUCAUCGCAAAGAAGCCGUGUCACAGCAACCAUCCCUACGAUUCUUUCGAUGACAGCAUCGCCAGUUCAAAACCGGAUAUACCUUUUGCCAGAACAAUCGAAGACAAGAAAAUUGAGCGAACACCAACCCAUCGUCCGCCACGCCGAGAUUCAUACGAUUCUUUCGACGACAGCAUCUGUGCCUUGAAGCCGACGCCGCCGAUAAGUGAGGCAGUGAUACCAGAAACUCAGAAAAUCGAGCCAACCGCACGCCCACCUCCUAUACGCCGAGAUUCGUACGAUUCGUUCGACGACAGCAUACGCAGUGAAAAACCAUCUACAUCGACAAGAAACGGAGUAGAAAUUAAAAUUGACCGAACGCCUGUAAGUCAUUUGAAGCGCCGCGAUUCGUACGAUUCUUUCGAUGACAGCUUACGCGAUGAAAAAGCACCUACAACGACAAGAAAAGGCGUCGUAGAAAUUAAAAUUGGCCGAAUGUCUGUAAGUCAUCGGAAGCGCCGCGAAUCGUACGAUUCUUUCGAUGACAGCAUCUGCGAAAUCAAACCCUCUACAUCGACUGCAAAAGAAGGAUUAGAAACGCUUGCAAAGCUCGAUUCGACGCCAACGGGCCGAUCCAGCAAACGUGUUUGGUACGAUUCUUUUGAUGACAGCCCCUGCGAUCUAAAGCCUUCUACGUCCGCUACAGCAAAUGAAGUAGAAACGAUUUCGACGUCAGUCGUCCAAUCUAGACGCCGUGAUUCCUACGAUUCUUUUGAUGACAGCUUCUGCAACUCGAGGCCAACUACAGAACUAGGCGCAGAAACGAAAAUCGAGCCAACACCUGCUCGUCGUUCGCUACGCCGCCGCGAUUCUUUCGAUUCUUUUGACGAUAGCGUAUAUUGCCCGGAAGCCACACCGUCAUCCGGAAUCGGAGUUCAGGAAAUUAAAAUCGGACCAACACCAGGACGCCGACCCCCACGGCGCGAUUCCUACGAUUCAUUUGAUGAUAGCGUCUGCUAUCCAAGCCCACAGCCCUUGGCUGUAAAGGCCGAAGAAAAGGAAAACGUCAAACCGGUACCACCAAAAAUUGCUGAAGACGCCAACGAUUUCGAUCCAAAACCUUCAACUUCAUCUGCUGCAUUUCGAAAAGAAGCCGCAGAAACUAUCAAGAACGCUCCGCCUUCCGAAGACGCUUCAACAGCUAAAAGGACUCCAAAAAGACGACGCUCCUCCUACUGCGCCGUUUAUGAAUACUUCUCGAAACAGCAACCGGCCUUGGAGCGGAAGAACGAAUUGGCAAAGACACUGCCCGAUGCUCGCGUUUUUACGGAGCAAUUGCCCAAUAAUGCGCACCGCUACAUCGCCACGGCGGUCGCCCGAUUUUGGCGCAACUAUGAGGCCCAGCUAACGGGAAAGCGCCACUUUUUCGAGCUGAUCGAAGACGGGAUGCCGUGCCGACUGUAUUUUGACUUGGAGUACGACAAGCCGGCGAAUCCGGGCCUCGACGCUUCGACCGUCUACAUGCAUUUUAUCAACACCACCAUCCGACUGAUCCACGAAAUCUUUGACAUGAAAUUGACUCGAAAGAACUUCCUCGCACUGGACUCGACGACUGACAGCAAAUACUCGUGCCAUGUGAUUGUCCAUCUGCCAGGCGAUCAUCUUUUCCCGGGCGGCAGCUCAAUUCGCUUUUUCACCGACCGGCUGGCCAAGGCGCUGAUGGACAGGGCACCGCAGAAGAUUCUGAAUCGGACCGGGAAUCAAGUGGUGCUCUUCGACCCGGCCGUCUACUCCAAAAAUCGCCUCUUCCGCCUGCUCGGCUCCUCGAAAGUCGGGAAAGACGCCGUGUUGAAGCGCGCUACGUACUGUACUUUUUACGGAGACGAAUCCCCCUCGGGAGAGCGGCUUUUCCUUGAUUCACUAUGCGUGCCAGCUGAGCCAGUCGAUGAAUCGAAGGUGAUCGAUGUCGUCGAGAUUUGUCUGUCCAAGCCUCGGCGCGCCCCCUAUGCGCAGCGACAAUUGCAAUUUCGGGGCCAGGGCACGCAACCGGCCUACGGUAAAACGCCGUUCCCUGAGCUCGAGCAGUACUUGAAGGACAUCUUCUGGAAGUGGAAGCAGGACGUGCAAUUCCGGUAUUUACAAUUU